UUCGUCGGGCUCUUAUACUCUCCAAAAGUUGUCAUCACCAUCACUAAAUUCCUCCAUUUUUCUCGGUCCCAGGCUAAUUUGGUUAAGGUCUUCUUCCACUACGUCUAACCAUAUUUUCCUAGGGGUGUUUUUACCGUUGACUUCGUUUACUUACACUUAAUCAAAAAAAAAUUAUAAUACAGCUAAUUGGGUUGGGGGUUAAUCCGUUAGCUCCCUCUGCGUGUGCCACUGGAUGUAGUGCUCUUACUGGGCCUAACAGAUAGACAACGGACAAACUCAUCCACUUAUCACAGUUUGUACCAUGUUCGAACUUAUCAAUAUCUUCCCACCGACGAUCGACCCCAUUGCCUAAUUACUCUACGACCGACCCCACAGACCAUCUGUUAUCAAUUUAUCACUUAUGAUAACUAUUUCGAUGUCGUUACUCGUUAUCAUAAUGUCACAAUUUACCGAUAUUCACAAAUAAUUGAUAUUAAUUAUGCAGCGUUCUGCAUCUGGUCAUUGUGGAUAUGGAUUGAUCGUAUGCAGUUUAUGUUGGUAUUGCUGGUCAAAAAUCCUUUUGGAUUUUUAUAGUGAUAAACUACAAAAUGGAUAGUGCAAGAAACAAAUGUGUUUUGUUAACGGGUGGUGCAGGGUAUGUUGGUAGCCAUACUAUAAUACCUUUAAUUGAAUCCGGUUAUGAGGUGGUGGUAUUAGAUAAUUUAUCAAAUGCAUGUAAAGGAGACAAUGGACAAAAUCCAAUACCUAUAACCCAAGUUGAAAAAUUAGUGAAUAAACAAGUGAUUUUUUAUGAUGUUGAUCUCUUGGAUUAUAAUUCUCUAUCAAAAGUAUUUGAUAAGCAUUUAUUUUGCUGUGUUAUUCAUUUUGCUGGCUUAAAAGCUGUUGGAGAGUCAUGUAUCAAUCCUUUGACUUAUUAUCGAGUCAAUGUUUCUGGAUCAAUUAAUUUAUUUCAAGUUAUGAAAGAACACAAUGUAAAGCAACUUGUAUUUUCCUCUUCAUCCACAGUGUAUGGUGAACCACAAUUUCUACCAAUUACAGAAUCACACCCUGUUGGUCAAAAUUUACUAAAUGGAUAUGCUAAAUCAAAGUACUAUAUUGAGGGAAUUUUACAAGAUUUAUGCAAUUCUGAUAAAGAAUGGUUUGUAAUUAUUUUACGAUAUUUCAAUCCAGUUGGGGCACAUCCUUCUGGAACUUUAGGAGAAGAUCCUACUGGAGUUCCUAACAAUUUAAUGCCUUAUGUUGCUCAAGUAGCUAUUGGUAACCGACCGUAUUUAAAUGUUUUCGGUAAUGAUUAUAAUACUAUUGAUGGAACUGGAGUAAGAGAUUAUCUUCAUGUUAUGGAUCUUGUUGAUGGUCAUGUUAGUGCAUUAAAAAAGAUCCUAAAUUCUGAUGAACAUGGUGCUGUAGCUAUAAAUCUGGGCACAGGAAAAGGAUAUUCUGUAUUACAAGUCAUAGAAAUGUUCAGUCAAAUUAGUGGACGAAAAAUUGAUUUCCAUAUUGUUGAUCGUCGGUCAGGUGAUUGUGCUUCUUCUUAUUGUGAUGCAUCUUUUGCUAAAAAAUAUCUUGGAUGGGAAGCCAAAAGAACUUUAAAAGAAAUGUGUGAAGAUACAUGGAGAUGGCAGUCUUUAUACCCUCAAGGUUUUUCUACUAAAAAAUAAUUUUUAGUUUAUAUUCAAAAUUUAAAAAGAACAACAAUUUUUGUUAAUAAAUUAUAAUUUUUUCUAUGAAAUAUUUUUGAAAACUUCAAAAUACUGUUUUUAUACAUUUUAUCCUGUAUUAUUUUAAUGAAAAUGCAGUAUUGGUGUAUAUUUAUAGAUGUAUACUUUUGGUGUUAAAGUAUUAUGCAGCCUUAUUUAUUUGAUUAUAUAGCUCUAUAAAUAUA